AUGUCUGUCCUCUGUGCAAAUGCGCUGAGCAGCUUCAUUCGUUUGCAGUCGUUGGAGGUUGAGGGGAAACAAGUUGUCCCAAAAGAAAAGGCCACUGACUUUUUCGUGGGUGUUCUGAAGAAUCGUGGCUGGCAGUUGGCUGCUGCACGUCGUCGGAUCCAUGAAGCUUGGCGCCAGGCUGCCACGGAACCAAGGUCUGUGGCUUCAGCAUCAAGUUGGCGAGAUGCGUUCAUUAGUGUCUACGAGGUUACGCAAGUAAGCCGGGCAUUGGGACUCGAUGUGGCGUUGUCCUCAAUUCUGCAAGCGCAGGGGCCUAUCGAUGUGGAUGCAGAUGAUGCUGUGGAAGUUUCGGGACUCGUUCCGCUUGCGGACGUUCCAGGCACAGAUGGGGGUGCAGAUGCCUCUGCUUUAGCUUCUUCAGCUUCAGCCGCGGCUGCAUCUGAUCCCGUGGUGCCACUUUUGGAGUUGGCAAAUCCAGCAGACGCGUCUAGCCAAGCCGUGGCUAGGCGGCCACGGAAGCGGGCUGCGGUGGCCCGUGACCCUGUGCAGCAGCAAUCUGAUCUGGUUGCUUACGAAGCGCAUCACAAAGAACUCUCAGGCAUGGAGCACCGGGCAUUGGUGCAAUUGUGCUUGAAGCAAGAGGGAGAACUGCGACGGCAAUCAAGCCGCAUCGACGUGCUGAUGAAAAGUCAGAAGCAACUGAAGAAAAAGGCUGCUACUGCGGCUGCAGCUAAGACCAAAGCGAUCACGAAGAUGAAGGCUCAGAAGAAGCCUGAGCUGUUUGCCAUCCAGAAAUUGGGCAAGCAGCGUGCUGGCAGAGCUGGACGAUUUUCGUUGUCCAGCAAGUUUUCCAUCGGACUUCGUCGAUGUCUGACGAAUGUCGCUGCCAGCGACUUCGGCAUCAUCAACAUGGUGGACAUCAGCCGACAGACUGUGUUGCGCAGCGAGCUGCUGACAGGAGCAGGGAUCGUGAGACUGAUGCAGCUCUUCGUACAGGACGGAUUGGGGCUCGCGUUGGAAUCGGCAUCUGCGGUGUCAGCGGAGAACGACGACUGGUCUUUAUUUGGCGUUGGGUACCGCUGUGAUGCGACAAAUGCUGCCAUCUGGAGGAGAAAAAAGCUUCACGUUCUGGAAGCAAAUGUUCUGUAUGUGUCGGACUUUGAAAAGCUCCGUGAAGGCAACUUCGACGAAGCUACUGUGCGCAGGCAUUGUGUGUUCCUUGUUGCCGACUUCAAGCAGAUGUUUUGCGGUUUGCCGUUUGCAAUUGCCGAGGCCGCAUUCGUGCAGUCAGACCUGCAGGUUAUCAACAAUGAUGCAACUGCCUUCGACGUGCUGGCUUUGGUUGUCAAGCAGCUGCAGGCGUUGGGCGUGCCUUUCGGGCAUAAGAUUGCGAAUUUGCGCCAGUGGCUUGGUCUUUUCUGCUCAUACGGGCAAGGCAAGCUGACAGAGCGCUCUGUCUUUAUCUACUGUGACACGACGGAUGCUGGAAGUGAUCAAACUGCUCGAAGACGCCACGUGGCCGCUGCCCUUGCCACUGUCGAUUGUGUGCUGUAUUUUGACUGCAAUUGCUUGCUUCACCAAUUCCACCUUAUAGUCCGUGAGAGUCUUCAGCUCAUGGACGCGAUGUUGGUGGAGCUGCGACAAAGCCAUCCUGAAACCACCCGUGAUUUCCAAGGCUAUUGCUCGAGCUUGGCAAAGGCAACCAACUUUUGGCGCUCCCACAUUUCCGACUUCAUCGACGUUUGGGAAAAGUUGCACGGGACCUCUGCCAAGACCCCGCAUACAGACCCGGACUCAGUCAAGUACAGGCGCUUUCCUCUGGCUUUUGUUGCUGGACGCUGGGGUUCCAUCGAGGAUUCUGAGAGAUUUUACAUCCAGCGCUCGCGCAAGCUCCUCGAGCCAGUUUUCCUUGGUGUGCUCAGCAAGUAUGUGAAAGCAAAUCCAGCCAAGCAAGCUGGGAACGCCACACCUGCAACCUCUGCAGGCAAGCCAGACAAAUCCUCGUCCGCGGAGGCCUUGCUGGAUUCGGAUGAUCGAGAGCAGUAUCGCAUCAAGAUGACGAAAUGGGCUGCAGGGACAUGGGCCGCGAUUAGCAACUCUUUGUUCUGGUUGCUGCUGCAUCUGGGAAGCAAGAGCCGUGAGCCACUCACUCACUUCUUUUGCUGGGCACAGAAAUAUAGCAAGCGGCGCAUGCUGCAGCGCCUCGUGACAGGACAGGCAGACAUUUUCAUGAGCGAGUACAACCAAUUGUUGGAGUCCUUCGAGGAUUGGUACGAGAUGGCUGUGCGGGAAGCGAAUGCGCAAGAUCUUCCAAAAGAAGUUGCUCAGUUGGUUCGCACCUUUGCCUUGAAGCUUGUGGUCCACGGCGCAGGCUCCUUUCACAGGCGUAUCGUCUCUGUUGUGCAGAGGUACCCACUUCGGCUUCUGUGGCUGUUGCACCGUGCUCCGCAUGCCCGUUGCACCACGCGCAAGACGAUUGCAACAGAGUUGCUUGCGUGCAGCCCGAACGAGCUUGAGGCAAACUGUCGCAAGGUGGUGCUGCUCUGCAGAUCAGAACUGGAGCACAUGGCCUCGGAAGGCAGCUUCCAGCUUCAUGCACAUCCAAAAGGGUCUUUGUUGUAUUCAAUAGUCAACACCCUUGCGGAACUCCUGCACGGCGACACGCAGCUUGUAGAAUCCAUAAACUCAAUCGUGCGCUUCGUCAGCACGCGAUGUCCUUCCAUGGAUUUGCACACACUUUCUGCAAGACUGACUUGCAAGAAGGCUGUUACCGGAUGCAUGGACGCCGCCAGCGAGGCAAACCGAAAGCGCUGGACCGCGGUCGAAGCCUUUGCCCGUCCGCUUCUGCAGGAGCUGACAGAAGCAGCGCACGAGUACAAAGCAGUCCUUGAUGCCGCGCACCGGUACGAGCAACCGGUGCGACAGACACUGCAAGACAUGGAGACUUCCUUGUCCAACACGAACUUGGCUGUCGCGUUUCCAGACUUGAAGCCCACAGUCGCCACUCGCUGGGCUGGAUCCCAGGCCUCGAAACUCAAGAAAGCUUUGGAGAUGGAGUGGGGCUGUUUGGGCCCAAAGGGCACAUGCGCGCGAAGCAAAGCUGCUGCGGCAGCUGGGUUCACAGUGUUUUGCCUGCAAGACUCGCAACAACCAGAAGCUCUGCGUGUUUUUGUGCGGGCGUGCUCGUAUCGUUCCGUUUUGACAGUUGCAGAGUUGGAAGCGCAUUCGGAUGGCAAGCUUCGUUUUCGAUCCGGACGUAUGCAUUUCACCUCCACGGUCACUUUGCUGCGGGGGUGUCACGGCGCCUGCUUCCAGGAGGUGGACCCAUCAAUAUAUCGGGUCUUCCGAAGCUGCGCUGUGCAUGACACCGAUGGCGGGCUUGCGUGCGUGGCGCAGACUGUGCAACGAACCGCAGAUGGCUUGUCGAGAAGCAUGGGUGCAGAGGCUCUGGAAGACGACAUUGCGGCUCCCGAUGGAGCAAUCCCAGACGGCUACACUUUUGGUGAUGGGGAGGACAUCGCAGAAUCGAAGUCUCACGCCGACGCACUGGAACAGGAACUGGAUGUUGCGGCAACUGCGGCUGAGGCAUGUGAGACAAUCCGCCAAGCUGCACCCUCUGCUUCAGACGGAACAAAGAAGAGGAAGAGACACGUCCCAGAAGAGACGAAACAGAUUCGGUGCGAUGAUUUGCAAUUGCUCGAUGAUGCUGCAGAGCUGGUGCGCUCCAUGCACACUUCUUCGUCUUCGGGGAUUGCAUUGACGCAGGAAGAAAUUGAAGAGGAAGCGCUACUCAUGUUGAUCCGCAAGCAGAACGAGAAGUCGGCGGCUAGUUCUGCCAGGGGACAGGACGACGAGCUGGACGUCCUGGUCCAUGCAAGCACGGCUCGGCGUUCCACGGCUUCGGGCCGACGGAAAUCCAGAUGCUUUGAAGAUGAUGAAGCCUUCUUGCAACAACUGCUGCCGGAACCGGCGACCGAAUCAGAUGCUGGGAGUGAGGCCAGUGCAGCUGACAGUGGCGUGGUCUCAGCAGGUCUGGCUGAUGCGCGCGAAUCACGCGCCAACCGCAAGGCUGUAGAAACAUGGGAAGCAUCAGUUUCUUCUACCCUGCAAAGCUUUGCGGACCGCGACCAGCGGCUGGCUCGUGGUGCAGGACACAACGACGAAGUUUCAUUGCUUGUGACAAUCCCAAAAGAUACCAGGCCUGCGCCAGCAGUUGCUUUCACUGAGUCUGGAGAGGGAGAGGAUGAUGAUUGCGAAGCUUUCGAAGUUAUAUGUGUGAAGUGGACUGACCCCAGUCGCCGCUUGGGACGCACUGUGCGCCUGGAUGCGAAAAAUCGCGUCGUGUAUGCACCACCACAUCUGUUCGGAGCGGCUGUGCCAGUGCAUGAAUUUCCUCUUGGAAGACACGAAGACCUGGUGCAUGCUUCUGGAGCACAGAGUCGCAAGUACAAAGGUGGUAUGCGUGACGAAUUGCCUCCUGAAGUACAGCGUUUGCUUUUGCUGACUCGGAUGAUAUGUUCCUAUGCCAACGAGGAGCAGGUUUUCUGA